CGCACCUCAGUGCGAUAAUAUCCUUGAAGGCAUGCGCAGACGAUCGACUGCUGCUGAGAACGCUCCCUCCUGAAGUGACUGAACCCUCACAACACGGCUUGUGUUCUUGCUCAGCGGCCUCCAACUCCACACAGAAAAGGGCGUCUCACGCACUCUCACCCCGGCACACCCAACAAUGUCGCAAACUCCCUCCGCCAGCGACUCCCCUCCCCUCCCCGCACUCCCCCCCUCCCAGCGCCGCAAAUACCUCCUCGUCUUCAUCCACGGCUUCCUCGGCUCAGAAGAAUCCUUCUUCUCCUUCCCAACAGACCUCGCCGCCCUCCUCCACGCCUCCCACCCAAACCUCUUCUACCCCGGCGACGUCGAAGUCCGUCUGUUCCCGCGCUACGACACCCGAGGCCAUAAUGCCCGUUCCGUGCAGAAGUUGAUUGACUGGCUGCUGAUCCAUGCGACCACCGGGAGAUACAAGUGUGUGAUACUGUUGGCGCAUUCGAUGGGCGGGCUGUUGGCCGCCGAUGCGUAUCAGUAUAUGUAUGCGUUGCAUAAGGAGAAGGUGGAGGAGAGGUUGAGGAAGGGUGAUGAGCUGGUGGAUGGGACCGGAACGAAGGCGGAUGCUGGCGAUGGGGUUGCGAAGGAGAUGGAUGUCAAUGGAAAGGCUGGGGAUGAGAACCCCGUCGAUGAGAAGCAGAACACAGGAGACGAAAAGAAGGCCGAUGAGAAGGCUGGAAACGAAAAGUCUGUCGAUGAGAAGACUGCAGAGACACCGAACAACACAUCACAGGCGACCAUCCCAACAGGGACAGCUGUAGGCGUACCCGGCCUACAAGCCGUAACGUCAUGGCUGGGCAGCUGGCGAUUAGCAAAGGCCUCGUCACCGCCUGCAUCGGCCGCUUCAACACCAGGCACGACAACCCCCAAACCACCAAAUGCCACCGAAGACGGUUUCGAAGGAACAGACAAAUACUCCCCAGACUCUGACGUGCGGCUUCUCGUCAACAUCCGGGGUAUCAUCACAUUCGACUCGCCGUUUUACGGUCUGCAUGCUAGCGUGCUCACACAGGCGGGAACGAAUAAAGCCGUGGCGUUGGUCACGGACGGCAUCAUGAAUGCUAAAGUGUACCUGCCCACCGCGUUGGAGACCGUGUCUGCUUAUGCCCCACGGCAUGUCGAGAUUCCGACGGCGAUUGGGAGGGUUCCUGUACCCACCGCCUGGAUGUUCAAUGCGACGAAGAGGGUUAUUGGAGCUGCUACUCUGUCUGAAGCUGCUGCAACAGCAGCGGCGGCCGCGACAGAGGCAACCGAUGUGACGGUGCCCUUGCAAACGCACACUUCGCUUCCAGCAGCCGACUCGGCAAAUACACCAGCUGCGACGACCACACCCACCACCUCUCCCGACGGCCUCCCGGCAUCCGCCGACGCCAUCCCAGAUCCCCCACAACCAACCUCCGCAAACAUGGUCGCCCUAAACGCCCUCACAUCCCGCGUGCCCCCAUGGGCCCGGUACGCCCUAGGCGGCGCCGCCAUGGCCGCCACCGCCUACGCCGUCGCACCCCUCGCAAUAGCAUACAUUCCCGCCACAAUGAUCGCCUCGGGCGUAGCCACCUCGUUCGCAGUGUCCAGCGCGGAACAUAUACGAGACCAUUUACAUUUUUUAUACCCGCUUGUUAAUACCCAUUGGGAUAUGCAUCAGAGGGUGCAGAUGUUGAGGAAUGAGAUGGAGGGGAGGAGGAGGUUGACAUUUUCGGCGUUGUAUUUGGCGGUAUGUGUACUCGUCGGGUUUUUUACGUGAGUUUGAAACCAGCAAAGGGCAAGAACUAACACUUUCAUCUUCUUAUAGCUUCCACCAUACCCGACCCCACCAAAGCCGGCACCUCCACCCGUUGCUCCCACAGCUACUACAGAAACGUCGGCCGCCAGCGCGACUGUCCAGAUGAUGGACAUUGAUGAGAAGGGACAGGUCGUGGAAACGACAACAACGACCACCGUGAUUAACGAAUUGCGAACGUUGC